UUCUUCAUGGAAACAACAAAAGCAAACACUCCACAAAACCCUCAAAUUGUCAACAACCAAAUAUUGCCUAAAAAUGAUUGUCAUGAUAUCGAAGGCCAGAACGACGAGUCCGUUCACGAUUAUUCGAAACGGGGUCAGUGGCUAAGGGCUGCGGUUCUCGGCGCGAACGACGGCCUUUUAUCCACCGCCUCACUAAUGAUGGGAAUCGGGGCGGUUCGACCGGACGCCAAGACCAUGAUUCUUACCGGAGUCGCCGGUCUCGUGGCCGGGGCUUGCAGCAUGGCCAUCGGGGAAUUCGUUUCUGUCUACUCUCAGUAUGACGUAGAGGUGGCGCAGAUGAAGAGAGAGGGCCAGAUGUCCGGUGGAAACGACGGCGGCGUGAGAGAGAAGCUCCCGAAUCCCAUGCAGGCGGCCGCCGCGUCGGCGCUUGCUUUUGCGGUUGGGGCGGUGGUGCCUCUACUGGCCGCGGCGUUCGUGAGGGACUACCGCGUGAGGCUGGGGGCGGUGGUUGCCGCCGUGAGCGUGGCGCUUGUGGGGUUUGGCUGGUUGGGGGCCGUUAUCGGGAGGGCGCCGCCGUCGAGAUCCGCGUCGAGGGUGCUGAUUGGAGGAUGGCUGGCUAUGGGAAUCACUUUUGGUUUAACAAAGUUGAUUGGCUCCACUGGCAUCUAACUUUUGGUUUAACAUUUGGUGUAUCAAAUUAAGUUUAUGUAUAAGUUCAAUUGAUUUGGUUUUUCUUAGUAC